GUGUUAAUGCAAUGUGAGCCACUCAGUGCCGGGCUGAAGCUGAAGGAGCGCUGUGGGCUCCACAGGGCAGGAUCACUGUAUCUCUGAAGCCGCGGAGACUCCUCAGCACAGUCCGCUCAGGUUGACAACUGCAGCAACCGCCUGCUCCACAAAGCCCGCAUGGAGAUACCGAUCACCCGAGACCAUGCACCUCUGAAAGCCUCAACACACACGUCUUUUGUCUAGCCUGAGGGGGAAAAAAAAGUCUGCAGGACCACUUUCCUCUGAGCGUCAAAGGAUUUUUUUUUUUCUCCUCUCCUCUUCUUUUUCGGUCAGCCCCGUCUCUCUUGCUUCCGCCUCUCGCAGUCCACUGCUCGAUUUUUGACUUUUUUUUUCUCCCCUUGGAAAGAAAGCGCUGCUGUUUCCACGCGUCUACCUGCUCACCCAGCACCCAUGAAUUCAGAUAAAAAUGUGUACCUCGGCAGAGACAAAGGCAUCAUGCGGAAGAGAGCCUUGCUCCUUCGGAAAGGUUGCAGCUUCGAGAUUACCAGCUCUGCCUCGGAGGACUUGGGCUGCAGGCGUGGAGACUUCAGCAGGAAACACUAUGGUUCGGUCGAGCUGCUGAUUUCAAGUGAUGCAGAUGGGGCCAUCCAGAGGGCAGGACGCUUCAGGGUGGAGAAUGGCUCGUCAGAUGAGACUUCGGACUACACUCCAGGAACCUGGAGGAGAACUGAUGUCCAUCUGGAGAAUCCAGAGUACCACACCAGAUGGUUCUUUAAAUACUUCCUGGGAAAAGUCCACCAGAACUACGUGGGUACAGAUGCAGAGAAGAAUCCCUUCUACCUGUCGGUGGUCCUUUCAGACCAGAACAACCAGCGGGUUCCUCAGUAUAGAGCCAUCCUUUGGAGAAAGACGGGCACUCUGAAGAUCAGCCUCCCCUACAGCCCCACCAAAACACUAUCAGUCAAGUCCAUCCUAAGUGCAAUGAACAUGGACAGGUUUGAGAAAGGCCCCAGGGAGAUCCUCAACCCGGAGAUUCAGAAGGAUCUGCUGGUGUUGGAGGAACAGGAGGGUUCUGUCAACUUUAAAUUUGGCGUCCUGUUUGCCAAAGACGGACAGCUCACAGAUGACGAGAUGUUUAGCAAUGAGACGGGGAGUGAGAGCUUUGAUAAGUUUCUCAACCUGCUGGGUGACGCCAUCACGCUGCAGGGAUGGGCAGGUUACCGCGGAGGGCUCGACACCAAGAAUGACACUACAGGAAUUAAGUCCAUCUACACAGUGUAUCAAGGCCAUGAGCUCAUGUUCCACGUGUCCACCAUGUUACCCUACUCUAAAGAGAACAAACAGCAGGUGGAGAGGAAGAGGCACAUUGGAAACGACAUUGUUACCAUAGUAUUCCAGGAAGGCGAUGACGCAUCGUCGUCCUUCAAACCUUCCAUGAUCCGAUCGCACUUCACCCAUAUUUUUGCAUUAGUUAGGUAUAAUAGCCAGAAUGACAGUUACAGGUUGAAGAUAUUCUCAGAGGAGAGCGUUCCACUGUUUGGACCCCCUCUCCCAUCUCCAUCUGUAUUUACUGAUCACCAAGAAUUCAGGGACUUUUUAUUAGUCAAAUUAAUCAAUGGAGAGAAAGCCACACUGGAGACGCCAACGUUUGCCCAGAAGCGUCAGCGGACCCUUGACAUGUUGAUCCGCUCGCUCUACCAAGACCUCAUGCCUGACCUGCACAAGAACAUGUUAAACCGGCGGUCCUUCAGCGACGUGCUGCCAGAGUCUCCAAAGUCGGCACGCAAGAAGGAGGAGGCACGGCAGGCUGAAUUUGUCAGAAUAGGGCAGGCUCUGAAGCUGAAGACCAUCGUAAGAGGAGACGCCCCUACUAGCCUUGUUACCACAGGCUUGUGCAGGAAAGAGCCAUGGGAGUCCCAGUCGUUCUGCAGCACAUUCCCCUAUGAGAUUGUGUGUGCUGACUCCUGGGGUCAAUCUAUGCUGGCUGCCACCGACACAGCGGGGGUCAUGCUGCUGGAUGGCCCUGAUCCAGCUUUGUCCAACGCUGAGACGCAAGCUUUGCCCCCAGUGCAGGUGUUCGACAAAACCAUGGUGGUGAAGCAGAUGCACGUUCUCGAGCCUCAGGACCUGCUUAUCACCAGGGCUGACAAAGGGAAGGACGCUCGUCUCUACGUGUUCAGACUCAGCACACUCAAAAGAGGCCUGGAGGAGAGGCAGCUCGUCAGAGGGAAGUGCGACAGCCGGGAGAAUAAACUGGAGAAAACUAAAGGCUGUCAUUUGUACUCUAUCAACACCCACCACGGCUCAGAGUUGAGGAUAGUAGCAGCCAUCAGGAACAAACUCCUCCUCAUCACCAGGAAACGUUUUGAAGGCUUUAGCGCCAUCGCCACAGGAGCAGACUCACCAGUGGAGGAGUUUCAGUAUAUACGGGAGAUCUGUCUGUGUGACCCGCCGGUGGUGAUGGCGCUGGUGGACGGGCCGACGGGGGAGAAUGACAAUAUGAUCUGUGUGGCCUACAAACAUCAGUUUGAUCUGAUCAAUGAGAGCACUGGAGAUGCCUACCGGCUACACCACGUAGACGCCAACAGGGUAAAUUUUGUAGCAGCCAUUGAUGUGUAUGAAGACGGGGAGGCAGGUCUGCUGUUGUGUUACAACUAUAUUUGUUACUAUAAGAAAGUUUGUCCGUUUAACGGCUCCACACCGAUGAUCCAGUCCAACACCUCCGAUUUCCACUUCAGCUGGAACCAGAUGCCCAAUGCUAUUGUUUGUGCGUUUCCUUACAUCCUGGCCUUCACGACGGACUCCAUCGAGAUCCGACUGGUGGUCAACGGCAACCUUGUGUACACAGCAGUAGUCCCAGAACUACAGCUGGCUGCUUCACGGUCGGACAUCUAUUUCGUUUCGUCGGCUCCGAUGAGCUCAGCCUCCAACUGCAGCUCGAGAGACACCAGCUCCCAGAGUUCCCCACAGACGCCCACCGGCUACGAGAUGCCUGUGUUCCCCUCGCCGCUCGGUGACGAUUCUAUACGGAUCCCCUAUGGUACCAAGCUUUCCCUGUACAUGUCUAAGGAUGCCGAAGGUGAAUUAGCAUGUAAACACAUCUUCAAGAUCCCUCUGUGUAACUUGGUGGGCCGCAGCAUCGAAAGACCCCUCAAGUCCCCUCUGGUCAACAAGGUGCUGACGACGCCGGCCCCCGCCAUGGUUCCCCCAACUCCCCUCAUCUCCGCCACGCACUCGCUUUCCCUGUCCCGCAUGGAGAUCAAAGAGAUAGCCAGCCGCACACGGAAGGAGCUGCUGGGCUUGACAGAGGAGCCUAGUGGGAAAUCAGACAGUGGGACAGUCAAACAGAGGAAGAUGAGCAAGAAGAACACUGAGGAAGAGCCCAAAGCACGAGUAUUAACAACAACAAACAGUGACAGGUUAGUCUCAGAGGCCAUUGAAACAGACCUGGACGUCGUUCAUUGUUCGUCCAGUACGGAGGCCGAGCCAGAGAAGGUGGUGCUGCGAGGGGAGAGUCCGCCUCUCGCCAGCGCGUUUGCCCUCUCCACAUCCUUCGAAGAGGAUGUCCUGGACCUAAAGUGAAGACAAUCCCCCUCGUGCACUUCUCUGCCCAACCACUUCUGUACUGUCACCACAAUUUGAUUGUUUUGGUUGGUUUGCUUUUAAGUUGUUGUUUGUUGAGUUCCUUUUUUUUUUUUUUUUUUGUUUAUAUCCCUUAUCUUGGGUCUCCCCAUUCAUCAGGCAAGAUGGGUGCAGUGAGAGUUAGAAGAUGUGUCUGUGUGCGUAUUUGUUUCGUGAGCUGUCCCUCGGCCACCAUGUGUUGGGUGUUUGUGUUGCCCCGCAGCAAAUAACCCAAAGAGGCAAUGAGGUUGCGUAAGAUGCCGUGGUUUAUUCAGAGUUCUGCAACAGCCUUGAGAUAACGGUUUGAUCCCAAACCACAAACUGAAUGUAAAUCUCCGCACCGAGGCACGACAAAAAUCUCUGCAUUCACAAUGCCCUCUGAAGUUGCUAGAGCUUAAUAUGUGUUGUAUAUUAUGUGAUUAUUUCCAACUCACUUUCAAAUGUUGUAUGAUAUGCAUAUGUAAGUGUACAUCUGUUUAUACACAAAGAUGCAGACACAGUCAUGCCUGUGAUGCAUAUUUAUAGAUAUAUUAUAAAAAUCCAUUUUAUUCCCAUAUUUAGUAAAAGUAUGAUGUUUUAUGCUCUCUGCAUAUAUUAGUCCUUAUUAUUCUCCUUAUUCACAGUACACAGGUAGACAGGGCUGGAGGCAAAGUCUCCCACAAGUGCCAUUUCCCAGCAUCCUCCACUGAACUACACCUCUUAACAGCCACCAUAUUCUGGUGUCUGGCAGUAGCAGCCAUGAUUGUAGUCCAUGGUGACCCACACCUCCAUUCAGUUAGGAUAAUUUCACCUACUGGAGGCACUCUCUCAAAGCCACACGCACUCAACAUUUCGCCCCAUAAGAAUGAGCUGACCUUAAAUCUUGCAUGACCCGCCUUUGCUACAAGUGUUGUGUCUUCUGCAUCAAAAGGCUUCUCUGGAAACCAUGAGGUCCGCAACAUCAUACCGUAACAUAACAGCGUAAAGCAAGCCACAACCUGAGACAUGAGAAGUAGUGUGGGUGUUAAAAGGAUAAUGAGCCAGUUUUUACUAGACUGUCGUAUGUGUGAUGGCAGAAAGUACAAUGGUGCCUCUCUGCAGCUUCAGGUGAAGAGUACAGCGAGGGUAUUAAUAGAAAAACUAUAAGUACAGGUGAAAACUACAAGCUUUAGACAAAAACUAAAUUUAAAAUACAGUAUAUAAUCAUAAACUGAAAUAAUAGUAAAGCAUAAUUUUGUCUAAAUGAACACAAACUAACAAAUAAUAACAAUGAGCUAAAACUAUCUUGACUACAAACUACACUAAAAUAUAUAUGUAUGUAAAAUAUGUUUAGUUUUUGUCUUUUUCUGUAUGUGAAAGGUACGAAAAAGUAAUGAGUUUUGAAGGAGUCUUGUAGAAAUUUUAAGAAAUGAUUUGUUUAUAUUAAUUUAUUGUUUAUAUUGCUUACUACCCUUUUCAAAUAGAUACAGAAUGAUUAUUAAUGAUAAUUUAGAUCGAUAUACCUUUAAAAAAUGCCACCUUUACCCAACUAAAAUUAAAACUAAAACUAACGACUUGUAAAAUAAAUAGUGUAAGUAACAUUUUAAAAACUAAAACCACUGCCCUUGAAAAAUAAAACUGAAAGGCUUAUAAAAUGUGGAAACUACUUUACUUUAAGAAUAAAUAUCAUAAAAUAUAGUUUUAAAACUAACUAAAAAAUAAAAAAUAACCUUUAUUAACAGUGGUUCUAAUUCCCAAUCCUCAAGAUCCAGAAGCUGUGCUGGUUUUUAUUCCAAAUGUCCAGUAAACACCAGAUGCCCCUCUAAUUUCCUAUUAUCCCCACACCACCAUGUUUCCAAAGAUAACCAGUUAUACACAUCCAGAAAACCAACAAAUC